CUAACCCCUUAUUGUCCCAUGUCUUCUCACUUCUCCUCCUCUAUCUAAUGCCUAAUGGGGAGUUGCAUUAGCAAAUGCCGGCCUCGUCCACCUUCUCACAAACACAAACAAGAAUCUCUUCUGGUUCAUGACAAGCUUGUUAUCUCUCAAGCUCCUACAAUUCCUGAUCAUAUCCCUCUCCCAAACAAACAAUCUAAUUCUCUUAUCUCAUCUCCUUCACCUUCUUCAGAUUCUUGCAUUUCUAAUAUCACUACUACUAGUACUUGUUCCACAUCAACCUUGUCUUCUUCUUCUUCAUCGACAUGUUCAUCUUCUGCAUUGGUUUCCAAGGAUCGAUCUUUCUCAAAUGAGUUCUUAUGGGCUCGUUUAAAGGAGAACCCACAUAUAAUUCCACAUGGACUUGAUCCAGUGAAGGAAACUCCUGUCAAGGGUCUUAAAUCUGUAGCUCCCAAGUUUCCAACUCGGAAAUUGGAUUCAUCACCUUCUAAAUCAGGAAGAAUUGGGCUUCCACCACAAAAGAGAGGUCGCGAUAGCUCGCCGACGCUUUCUCAACAAAGGAGUUUCAGGAAAGAGUUUGAGAGAACUCAAUCUACAAGCAGCUCCCUUCCUAGAAGAAACUUUGGUUCUCCUUCUCCUAGUAGAAGGUUUAAUGGUGAUCCAUGUAGCAGGGGAAUUCCAUUAAAUGCAACCAAGAGAAGCAAUUCACCAAACAGGAGCUGUGCAAGGAAGGAAAAUCUCCAGCUUAGAAGUCCUAUAAACAAAGUAAGUAGAGAUGGGUUAUCUCAAUUAAUGAGGAAGAGAGAGACUUGUACUCAUCACAUCCAAGAUGGUAUUAAUAAUGAUCAAAAUUCAGUAGGAGCUAUGGUGUGUAACAAAGAUAGCAACUCUCUUCCCAUAGAUGAUCUUAAUAACCCUCUAAUUUCUUUGGAUUGCUUCAUCUUCCUUUGAGGAGAAAAGGUUUUUGGUUUGCAGAUUUGUGUGUUCAUAUAUUAAAGUGGGGGUUUUCAUUUAUGUCUUUUCUUUACUUUGUAUUCUUUUCAUGUUUUUUGUAAACAGGCUUGAAGAAUUGGGAUUGUUUGAUUACCUAAAUCAAAAUAAACAAGAGAAGUGUCAUUA